UGAAAAAGACUGUAGUUCGAAAAAAAGACUCGAGUUUACGACGAUUAUUUUGUGUGUUGUGUCCGCAAGCGAGUGCUCCGCGCGCUAGAAAGUGCUUUUUCCUGUGGAAUUGGUGUGUUUCGCCGGGUAAAAGAAUACCAGAGAGGGAGCCCAGUGUCGGGGGAACAUUUUUCCGGUCGCCGGGCUUGGAUUCGGGACGAACCGGGCGCGAUUUCCGGCGGUGUAAAAAACUUUGGUUCCUCGUUCAUUCGCGCGGUGCGUGUCUCUCUAUAUUAUAAGCAAGAAGUUAGUGUCGUCCUCUGUCGUCUCCAUCGCGGAGAACCAGACGUCGUUUUUCCUCGUUUGUGUGUGUAUUGGAGGAGGAAAAGAAGCAGACUCGUAUCACAAUACUAUUACAAACAAUAUCCGAAAGCACCUCGCGAAAGAGAAUACCCCCGAAAAAAGUGGGAAAAAGAAUAAUAAUUCUUGUUUUGUUCCUGGAUUGAAGGAAGCUGUGGGAUUACCUCCCUUCUGAAGGAAGUGCUAGGAAAACAUACAGCCCGGAAAGACGGUGCUUCCGUCUUUCGGAAGGGUGGCAUUCGUUUCGGAAGGAAUCAUCUUUCGCGGUCAUGUUUUGAUCGAGGCAUCUCUCGGGAUAUUCGAACGGGGGAAGAAGAAGCCCAUUCGCUGGCCGUUCCGUCCGUCUGUGAGGAGCUUUGAUCCAUUUGACGCGAGGAGUACCUAUAUUCGAAAGUGAGUGCGAGAGAGCGAGACGGCACCAGUAAGAAGCUGUGGCAAAGGACUAAUAUUCUGUCCGGGAUUCAAGGAGUGCAGCUAAUAAACGAUCGGAAACGCUUCCGGGAUGUGGACUGGAAGGUGAACCGGCUGUUCGCGGAAUGCGAAAACCGCCCGAAAUGAAUCGAUCCCACCGGCAACGACAGAACACACCAACAAUGGACUGCGCAGCAUCUUUUGACCCAAUGGAACGGCCUGCGUCGCGGACAGUGCUGCUGCCAUAUAUCUGAAAAUAUCGUGCUACGAGGACCGCGUAGUUGAUACCAUUUUUCAACUCGGAUAGAAGAAAAGGAACGCUGCUUUAAGCACUCAUACCUUGUAUAGAAACAGUGAAACAAAUCAGUGAAAGUAAUAACCAGACGAGCAAUAACACUUUGUAAUCUUUAAUCCACGCACGUAGCCAAGCAGUAGUGUGUACAGAGAGUUGUGACCUAGAACCGUAUAAUAAAUAGUGAAUGUAAAGUUGACGUGCUAGUAGAAACUACUGCCAAGAAGUUAUCUCAUCAAGCAAGGAUCCUCUCCGUUUGUGCAAUCCAGCAAAAAAAGGCAAGGUUCCUACUGCGAAGUACCACUAUUGGUAGCAGAGUGAUGACACAUAAUCUGGGAAUGUCUUCAUACCGUAUGCCAGGUCCCGGACUCGGUUGUCCGCCGGAUUUCAAAUCGCCCUCCGAAUCGCCCCAACUGCCCAUCUCCGCACCGAGUCAGCCGAAAAAGCGAAGGAAAACGUCCAACGCCAAUAAUGCGAACUCGAUAGCCUCGCAGCCCCAGCCAACGCAUUCGCCGCAAGAUCUAGCCCCUCCUGUGCCCACCGGCUACGGAGACACGAUAGUUGCGUCGAAUCCCUUUGACGAUACGCCUCCGCAUACCCCGUCGCCUCACAUAAGCCAUAUGCAUCACGGAGGCCCCGGAAUGAUGGGUCAUAUGGGAGGCGGUGGUAUGGGCCACGGUGGACCGUUGGGAAUGGGACCUAUGGGUAUGCAUCCUCACCAUAUGGGCGGUCCAAUGGGUCAUCAUGGGCCACCACACGGAGCUCCUCACGGUGGACCUCAUGGCGGUCCAAUGCAUGGUAUGCCUCCCCAUGGAAUGGGUCACGGACCGGGACAUGGAUCACCUCAUCACGGCUUGGGACCACAUGGUCCAAUGGGACCUGGAGGACCACAAGGCCCCCCUAUGCGAGGAAUGAGUCCAAUGGGAAUGGGUAGCCCUAUGGGCCAUCCAAUGCAUAUGAACUCUGGUAUGGGGCAAAUGGGUGCGAUGGGCCCUCACGGUCCUAUACAACGAGGGGGAAUGAGUCCUAUGGGAACUAUUCCUGGUGCUCAAAUGGGUGGACUGAGUCCAAUGGGUGGCAUGAACCAAACUCUGUCUCCAAUGGGCCCCAUGGGUGGCAUGUCACCAAUGAGUCAGCAGCAAAUGAACAAUAAAUCGGUAGGAAGCCCCAUGAGUGGGGGAAACAUUGGUAGUCCCAUGAACUCGAUGCCCGGAAUGGGAUCUCCCCAUGGAGGACAUGGACAGAUGAUUGGAAGUCCGAUGAACACGAGUGGGGGUCACAUAAACAAUGGCCCCAUGGGUCCUCCAAUGAAUAGCCCUCUCGGAAAUGGUCCCCCAAAUCACGUUCCCUUAGGUCCCAACUCGGCCGGCCAUAGUCAACCGGUGUCGUCAGCGGGGCCAACCGUCGGCGGUCAAACGUCACCCAACUUAGCCGGAGUAAAUAGUAAUAAUAGGAUGAACUUACCCAAUGGUGCAAUGACAAAUCAGCAAUCAGGGAACCUUAAUCAAUUACCUCAUCAGCUGGGUCCCCAACAGCAAUCGAAUAGUAGUCAGCAGGGUCCUGGACAAUCGCAGCAACAACAAGCAAAUAAUCAACAGCAGUUACAAGUGAGUCAACCUAACCCAUCGCCUUCGAUGGUCUCAAAUCAGCCACCGAUUCAAUCUCCUGCUGCUCAGUCCCAGCCACUUCCACCUCAUCCACCGCUACCGCAGCAGCAACAACCACACGCUUCUCCGCUUCCUCAACAAUCUCCUCACGCUCAACACACGCAAGGACCUGGUGCUAACAGUGGUCCAGGCUCUGGAGGUAGUGGACCGGGUGGGCCAAUGGGACCCGGAGGACCUCAGCAGCAACAACAAAUGAAUCCUGCUGGCAUUGGAGGUCCGGGUGGAAAUAGCUUAGGAGGAAUGAACCCAGCUGGAAUGGGUCCCGGAGGCAUGGGUGGGAUGCCACCGAAUUCAAUGGGCGGUAUGAAUCAUCACCCUCCGCACCAUCCCGGAAAUCAUCCUGGUAAUCAUCAACAGAACCCUCACAUGCCACCUUCGUUAGGUGGCGGAGGAGGAGGACCGGGCAGUAUGCAUCAUCACAUGGGAAUGCCACCGCAUGGAAAUAUGCCACCUGGCCAUGCGGGCCAUAGGCCACCGAUGGGACCUGGCGGACCAAUGGGUCCUGGAGGCCCGGGCGGUAUGGGUAUGGGAGGACCAAUGGGUGGUCCAAUGGGACACAUGGGAGGAAUGGGCGGCGGUAUGGGUGGAAGCCCUCUGCAGUCUCCGCACAUGAUGGGCGGUCCGAUGGGUGGUGGACCCGGUGGACCGAUGGGUGGCCCAGGAGGACCCAUGGGCGGCUUGGGACCUCCGGGCAACGGACCUCCACCGAACCACCAUCACCACAUGGGAAUGUUCGGCCCCAAGCCGAUGCCGGUGACGUCCGGAAAGCUGUACCCGCCGGACCAGUCGAAAGUGUUCAACCCGCAAAACCCGAAUGCACCGCCAAUCUACCCCUGCGGCGGUUGCCACAAAGAAGUACAUGACAACGAUCAAGCAAUUUUGUGCGAACAGGGCUGCAACUUUUGGUUUCAUAGAACAUGCAGCGGACUAACGGAUGCGGCAUUCAACAUCAUCCAGGCGGAGGUGUACGCCGAAUGGUGCUGCGAUAAGUGUUUGACCUCCAAGAACAUACCGUUGAUCAAGUACAAACCGUAGUUGACCAUGGGCAACAUGGACCUGAUGACCAUGAGGACGUUGACCGCGAAGACGACGACGACCAGGUGACAACGACAGCAAACCCGCAGCAGCAGCAGCAGCCGUAAUCAGCAUUGAGUGCAGCUACAACAGCAAAGGCAUUGUUUUUUGCGAAGUUUUCGUAAGUGUUUGGUCACUGUGAGUCUGUCUGCGAGUGUAUGUGUGCGGGUGUAAAUAUGAGAGAAGGCGAGAAGGUGUAAAAACAGAGUGAAUGUGUUUCUGAAUGAUAGCGAUGAGUGUGAUUAUUUGCUUCAUUUUAUGACCGUAAUUUGACAAAAAAAUCUUGUGAAAUAGCUAAAUUCUUGGUAAGGAAACAAAACAAAAAAAAAAAAAAAAUGUGUUAAAGGAAAAGUAGAAAUGAAGACAGCGACAUUCUAGUGUUCUAAACAGAGAAAAGGAAGCAAAUGCAGUAGUUAGUAAAAAAAGAAGCAAGUAAAAAGUGAAACAAGCAAAUAUAGUAAAAAAAGAAGCACAGCGCCAUAGUUUUUCUUAUUUUCCUUUCAAGUGCACACACACAUACAAGCAACAUAUACAGAAACAGAAAGAGAUAUAUAGAGAGAGAGAGAGAGAGAGAGAGAGAGAGAGAGAGAGAGAGAGAGAGAGAGAGAGAGAGAGAGAGAGAGAAACAAACAAUGUGUAUUAAAAACCAGCGAGCAAUGUUUUCUAUGAAAGUGCGAAAGAUGCGAAAUAGCGAGCAAGAGAGAGCGAGAGAAAGAGAAAGAACAAGAAAACGAUAAGUUUAAGUUUUAGCGCAUUAAGAAAAUGAAAUCAAAAAUGGCCUUCUCAAAUAUAUACACAUAAAGUAUGGUUUAAUUAUUAUUAAAAAAAGAUGAAAAAGCAGAAAAAAAGUAACUGAUAAGUAAGUGAAAUAUUUAAAUUAUUUAAACGCUAUUCCUGAUGAGCGAAAACGUGGAGCACCGGAAUCACGUAAGAUGAAUUCUUGUUUAUUUUUGGGGUUCCUUCAAUUGAAAAAAGUGCUUGUCUGCCCAAGUAGCAACCGAUUCUUCUCCAUACAGCCAUUCUUAUUCGCACGUUUCAUUUUGCGAUUCCUAAACAUAAAAGUUACAAGCAUGUUACAUAGUCAGGAUGAUGUUCCGUGUCCGCAAAAAAGACACAAGCACACACAAAAAAAUCACGACUAGCCCCAAAACUUGGCGCGCUCACAACGCUUAGGACUUGAGUUCAUGAGUUCGAGUCGAAUAAUUUACCCUAGUAAUUCGUAAUGUAAUGUAGAAGGAGCAAAACACAAACAACAACACACACACAAGUAUAUAGCGUUACAACCAUGAAAAACGAGAUUAUUCAACUAACAAGCGGCACGCUUAUUGCCUUCCUCGUUACUUUUUUUUCCUCCUCGUCCUUCGAUUUAGUUAGUGUUGUAAUUUAGGUUUUCGUUUUGUGUUCGCAGCAGCUCGCCAAUUUAUCGAAGCAUCUCUCGAAAGCUGUUAAAAUUUAAAAACCCAGUGGCGUUCACGGUCGGCAGAUAAUGUUAAAAACUUAAGAAAAAUGAUAACAAGAGUAGGAAGAAACCGUAUUAAAAUCUAACAGUCGAUCGGAAACGAAUUUUGUGUUCGCACUGCUGAUAGAAACUGAUUUUUGAUUAAA